GUCCCAUAAUUAGUCUUUGUCUGGACAAAAGUGGAAGUACAACAUUUUCAACAAACAAAAGACGACUGCGUGAUUAUGUUCUAAAAAAAAAAAAAAAAGGACUGCGCGCUUGUUAGCACUAGACACUGCAGUCAAAGGAAUAGUGGCGUGGUUGCAAAUUAGCAGGAGGGGAAAAGGUGGGGUCUUUGCUUCGGCAUAGAGGAAAUAUCAGAGGUGGCCUCAAAAGCCUCAAAGCUCAGUGCAUUAAGGUGAACGAAACCUGUAUUGAGCUCUAGCAGGAAGACAAUUGCUUUCUGGUCAAAGAUGUUCCGAGUAUAAAGCAAAAAAAUUUAACUGGCCAAUGGCAUAUAUAUGUUUCAGCCCUGUAUAUAGAACCAAAAGAAAGAGAAAAGCUGUUUUCAUCGUUCUCUUCUUUCGUCCGGCUUCCAUCUCUGCCGCCCGACACCUCAACCCGCCAACAGGCAAUCACAACCAGCCUACCAAGGCAGAGGAAACAGUUGCAAACCCAAAUUUAUACCCGGAAAGAUGGGCGACGGUGAAGAGAAAGGGAGCAGAUCCACUUCAAAUUGCAGGGUCAAGCUUACCAGACUGCUCUCAUGCAUGUGGCUCUUGCUCGCCAUGCAGGCUAGUCAUGGUCAGCUUCGUGUGCGCGUCGCUCGAAGAGGCGGAAACGUGCCCCAUGGCUUACAAGUGCAUGUGUAACAACAAGUCUUAUCCUGUUCCAUGAUCUUAAGUAUCUCUUUCAAUUUUCGGUUGUGCCGUAUAUAGCUGUAAGAACCUGCCUGGUCCCAGUUUUCCUAGCCCUUUUUUUUUUUUCAGCCCCAGUUUUCCUAGUGUUAAGGCUUGGGGUUUCUUUUUCGUGUAAUCAAUAUAGUUUUCAAUU